CGUUAAUGGAAAAGAAUAUAUUUUAUUAUUAUUAUAAAUGCUGUUUGGUACAGGUGGCUUACAAAAAUCCAAAGUGCCGUAACUUAUUAGCUUCUCUUUCAUUUCAAGUCAAAAAGUCCAAACCUCUGCAGAUUUUAUUCCUAAACCCGACCAUGGAAGAAUCAUCAAACCAACAAAUCCUCAACUCCGAGACCCGACCCGACCCGAUUCAAAAACCACCGGAAUCACCAGCCACCAAACUCUCAUUCCCGAGACUCUUCCUCUGGUUUGAUCAAUCAAAUCGCAUCAAAACUCUGCUCUCAUGGUCCAUCUUCUUCCUCCUCGCCGUCAUCGUCCCAAUGAUCUCACACUUCGUGCUAAUCUGCGCCGAUUGCGAUUUCAAACACCGUCGUCCUUACGACGGUUUAGUGCAGCUUUCGUUAUCGAUCUUCGCCGGAAUCUCGUUCGUUAGUCUCUCAGAUUGGUCCAAGAAAUAUGGAAUCCGAAGGUUUCUCUUCUUCGAUAAGCUUAAAGAUGUUAGCGAUAAAGUUAGGAUCGGAUACGAAGCUAAAAUCCAGAGAUCAAUGAAGCUACUAGCUAUCUUUGUCCUUCCAUCGACAACGCUUCAAGCUAUCUAUCGCAUUUGGUGGUAUGCUUCAGGCUUUAACCAAAUCCCUUACAUUAUAAACCCAACGCUGAGCCAUGUCUUAGCCUGCACACUCCAGCUCUCUUCUUGGCUCUACCGUACAUCACUCUUCAUCAUUGCUUGUAUCCUCUACCAAAACAUCUGCCACCUCCAGGUCCUCCGUCUUGAUGAAUUCGCACGCUGCUUCGCCUCUGAGAUCAAAGAUUUCAGUUCCAUACUCGCCGAGCAUCUCAAAAUCCGUCGUGAACUGAAGAUUGUCAGUCACCGGUUCAGACGAUUCAUUCUUUUGUCAUUGUUUUUCGUCACUGCCACUCAGUUCAUGGCAUUGCUGACUACCAUCAGAGCUAGUGUUCCCUUUAAUAUCUACGAAGUUGGCGAGCUCGCGUUAUGCUCCACAAGCUUGGUGUCAGGACUAUUCAUAUGCUUGAAAAGUGCAACACAAAUGACUCACAAAGCUCAAUCAGUAACGAGCAUCGCCACAAAGUGGAACGUGUGCGCGUCUUUAGAUACAUUUGAUGUUCUUUAUGACGGAGAGACUCCUAAAUGUCCAACAACUACACAACAUUCCCAGAUUUUAUCGCGUCGUCGUAAUGUUGUUCAAUCGUCUGAUGAUGAUGAAGAAGGAGAAGGAGAUGACAAUGAUCUUGAGAUACAUCCAAUCUUUGCCCGCGCCAUUUCUUCUCAGAAACGUCAAGCUCUAGUGACCUAUCUAGAGAACAACAGAGCAGGGAUCACUGUUUACGGAUUCUUGGUGGAUAAAACAUGGUUGCGUAUGAUCUUCAGCAUCGAACUUGCUCUUCUUCUAUGGCUGCUCAAAAAGACAAUCAGUAAUUUUAUAUGUUUCUACUCUGAAUCCAUAUUUUCAUUUUUCAUCACUUUCCUCUUGUAACCGAUAACAUUCUUCAUGUUUUUGGUUUUUGGCAGUGAACAUAACAUGAAGACAGAAUCAGUGUCACACAACACACACGAAGAGAUUGGUACUAAGAUGUUUUUAUUUCAACAAUGGCGAUAUAACAGAUUCUUUUUGUAGAUCUUCUAUAUAUACAAAUAUAAAACGUGUGUAUGUAAAUCAAUGUUUGAUCCUUUUUGAGUUAUAUAUAUGUAUCCAGAUCAUAUUUAUUGAUUGUGUGUAAAUACUGAUUUUUGAAACCUAUGUUUGGUCUCAUUGAUGAAUCCGGGCGUGAAAUGUAUGAUUAUGGUUUUGUGAU